GCCUCCUCGUGGUCCGACCUGCGGUUUGGGCCCGCGGCUGUUGGGGCUCGGCGACUCCAUGGGCCUCAGUUUCUCCUCUGGUAACGUGAGCUUCGCUUCCAGAGACGGGGGCCCGCCUUGCCGGGUUAGGCGCACCUCCUGGGGCGGGACUGGCUCCAACCUGGGCCCCUUGCUGCGGCUUUCUCUGUGGCCGAGGCCGGGCCGUCCCCGGGGUGGCCAGGAGAGCACCGUAAACUCUUCAGCCUGCUCCGUGGCCGCGAUCUCGGAAAAAGCACCAAUUCUGUGAUGUGCAGCAGCAUUUACUGGGCAUCUAUGACCCUGUGAUAGGCUUUGGGAUCUUUUUCUGUAAGGAGUCCAGUAAAGGAGAAGUACAUCUGCAUUAUGAACACCUAAAUAUGGCCCAGGAGCUUUUUUCCUGUUGGAAUUGGGGAGCAUCUGCAGUCAUUUACCACAUGCCAGCUUUGUGACUCAAUUAAGUAUCUUUUACAAAAGUGACUGGCUCCACUCCCCAGCACAGGACUCAACAGAUGUUGACUUCUCAUCCCUGAGUUCUUUCAGGCCAAAAAGCAAAUGGAUUUCCACCUGACAAAUCUUCGGGAUCCAAGAAGCAGAAACAAUAUCAGCGGAUUCGGAAGGAGAAGCCUCAACAACACAACUUCACCCACCGCCUCCUGGCUGCAGCUCUGAAGAGCCACAGCGGGAACAUAUCUUGCAUGGACUUUAGCAGCAAUGGCAAAUACCUGGCUACCUGUGCAGAUGAUCGCACCAUCCGCAUCUGGAGCACCAAGGACUUCCUGCAGCGAGAGCACCGCAGCAUGAGAGCCAACGUGGAGCUGGACCACGCCACCCUGGUGCGCUUCAGCCCUGACUGCAGAGCCUUCAUCGUCUGGCUGGCCAACGGGGACACCCUCCGUGUCUUCAAGAUGACCAAGCGGGAGGAUGGGGGCUACAUCUUCACAGCCACCCCAGAGGACUUCCCUAAAAAGCACAAGGCGCCUGUCAUCGACAUUGGCAUUGCUAACACAGGAAAGUUUAUCAUGACUGCCUCCAGUGACACCACUGUCCUCAUCUGGAGCCUGAAGGGUCAAGUGCUGUCUACCAUCAACACCAACCAGAUGAACAACACACACGCUGCUGUAUCUCCCUGUGGCAGAUUUGUAGCCUCGUGUGGCUUCACCCCAGAUGUGAAGGUUUGGGAAGUCUGCUUUGGAAAGAAGGGGGAGUUCCAGGAGGUGGUGCGAGCCUUCGAACUAAAGGGCCACUCCGCGGCUGUGCACUCGUUUGCUUUCUCCAACGACUCGCGGAGGAUGGCUUCUGUCUCCAAGGAUGGUACAUGGAAACUGUGGGACACAGAUGUGGAAUACAAGAAGAAGCAGGACCCCUACUUGCUGAAGACAGGCCGCUUUGAAGAGGCGGCGGGGGCCGCGCCGUGCCACCUGGCCCUCUCCCCCAACGCCCAGGUCUUGGCCUUGGCCAGUGGCAGUAGUAUUCAUCUCUACAAUACCCGGCGGGGCGAGAAGGAGGAGUGCUUUGAGCGGGUCCAUGGCGAGUGUAUCGCCAACUUGUCCUUUGACAUCACUGGCCGCUUUCUGGCCUCCUGUGGGGACCGGGCGGUGCGGCUCUUUCACAACACUCCUGGCCACCGAGCCAUGGUGGAGGAGAUGCAGGGCCACCUGAAGCGGGCCUCCAACGAGAGCACCCGCCAGAGGCUGCAGCAGCAGCUGACCCAGGCCCAAGAGACCCUGAAGAGCCUGGGUGCCCUGAAGAAGUGACUCUGGGGGGGCCCGGCGCAGAGGAUUGAGGAGGAGGGAUCUGGCCUCCUCAUGGCGCUGCUGCCAUCUUUCCUCCCAGGUGGAAGCCUUUCAGAAGGAGUCUCCUGGUUUUCUUACUGGUGGCCCUGCUUCUUCCCAUUGAAACUACUCUUGUCUACUUAGGUCUCUCUCUUCUUGCUGGCUGUGACUCCUCCCUGACUAGUGGCCAAGGUGCUUUUCUUCCUCCCAGGCCCAGUGGGUGGAAUCUGUCCCCACCCGGCACUGAGAAUGGUAGAGAGGAGAGGAGAGAGAGAGAAUGUGAUUUUUGGCCUUGUGGCAGCACAUCCUCACACCCAAAGAAGUUUGUAAAUGUUCCAGAACAACCUAGAGAACACCUGAGUACUAAGCAGCAGUUUUGCAAGGAUGGGAGACUGGGAUAGCUUCCCAUCACAGAACUGUGUUCCAUCAAAAAGACACUAAGGGAUUUCCUUCUGGGCCUCAGUUCUAUUUGUAAGAUGGAGAAUAAUCCUCUCUGUGAACUCCUUGCAAAGAUGAUAUGAGGCUAAGAGAAUAUCAAGUCCCCAGGUCUGGAAGAAAAGUAGAAAAGAGUAGUACUAUUGUCCAAUGUCAUGAAAGUGGUAAAAGUGGGAACCAGUGUGCUUUGAAACCAAAUUAGAAACACAUUCCUUGGGAAGGCAAAGUUUUCUGGGACUUGAUCAUACAUUUUAUAUGGUUGGGACUUCUCUCUUCGGGAGAUGAUAUCUUGUUUAAGAAGACCUCUUUUCAGUUCAUCAAGUUCAUCAGAUAUUUGAGUGCCUACUCUGUGCCCAAAUAAAUAUGAGCUGGGGAUUAAA